GAAAAAUUGACAACAAAAAUAAACACAAAUAUUGAUCCGAUUAUAAUCCACAUUUGUAUAGUUUGUCGUAAAAUUUAAGUGGUUGCGUAAAUUGCAAACCGACUAAAGGGAUCGUUACUGUUAAAGCAACCAAAAAAUUGUUUUAAUGGACGAAUUUGGUAUUACCGUUGAAGAAUUUAUAAACGCAAUAAAUGAAUUUAAAAAUGUAUCAGAUCAAAUUAACGACGGAUGGCGGAUUUAUGAAAACAAAAAUGAAAUACAUAAAUCGUAUCUCAAAAAAGAAUCAUUUAUUAAUUUUGAUUUACAAGGAGAAUUAACUCUUUGUAAAGUGGAAUAUAAUAUUUUCUACAACAUAAGCUAUGCAGUUCCUUCGUUCAGUUUUAAUGUUUGGAAGUCGAACGGUACCCUACUAACACUUGAAGAGAUCAGACAACUGUCGUUCAUACAUAUAAAACGUGAGGAUUUCUACUCAGUCAUAACCCAACAGGAGCACCCUUUGUUUGGCCGGCCAUAUUUCAUCAUGCAUCCUUGUCACACUGCCAAACUACUGGCACAGUUCAAGCUCAACUCAAGGAAUAUUAUAGUCACAUUCCUGAGUCUUAUUACACCAUUAUUAAAACUAGAAUUGCCAUUAGAAUAUGGCCUUUAAUAUAUUAGUAACAAUGUAGACAAAUUUGUAACAUUUAAAUGUUUAGUCAGCUUCUUUGAACUAGUUUUCAUGUUGUCAAUGUAAAAUAUUACUAAGAUUUUAUCUAACAAAUAUUACCUUUGCAAUGCUUGAAAUUGAUUA